AAGAGUCCAAGUUGGCCUACGUCAAAACGGUCAACAGAAGAAAACACCAACUGAACAACCACGUAGGCGGUCAAGAGAGAGUCAGAGAGAGACCGAAAAGCGAUUAGUAGGAUGGAGUACUUCAAGAGUCACCCACCAGCUUCACAAGGAACUUCAAUCAGACUAACACCAGCAACAACAAAAACAACGAAAACCAAAGCAUCGAAAUCAGAAAGACCCUUGAAAACCAGCUGCUUCUACUCUAGACACCAAAGCCUAACAACACCAGCCUACCGCCCCUAUUCACUUCUUAAAUCAACUAUCAACCUCUCGAUCAUCCUCCUUCUCAUCUUCUCAAAUCUCAUCCUCACUCCCAAUGCACUCAAAGAUCCAAGCUCGACUAUCACCAAAUUCAAGCAUAUGCCCUCAAAGCUAAUUUACUUCGAGGAUACACCGAUCAUCCUAUCCCACGAUUCAAUCCUCAGGGAAGUCUGGAGAUCAACAGAUGAAGGUAAAACCUGGAACCUGAUCUCAGCCGUACCCACCGGUGACGCCUGGUUAGUCGUCGAGCACAGCUGGGAUAAUAGGGUUGCAUUCAUCCUCAGCCGUGGUAGUAAACAUUGGAGGACGAUCAACAGAGGCGACAGUUGGCAGAGCUUCACCACUUCCGAUCAACCGAGUAUCUCUGGCUCACCCUUGGCCUUCCACUCUACCAAAUGGAAUUGGAUCUUAUUCAGUGGUCAGAAGUGUGAAAGCCUGGGAAGCUGGAAGGGGAAACUAUGUUAUGAUGAAACUUGGGUUACUUCCGAUGCAUUCGAAACUCAGCCAAAAAUGAUGGUCCAACAUUCAACUAAAUGCAUGUGGGCUUAUUCGAACAAACACUUCUCAUCUUCGGUACCAGAACAGAUGAUCUACUGUAUAACUAAGGAGGCCCCUGGCGAUCAGUCUGAUUCGAAAAGCUUGAAGUCUACAUCGGCAUCGCUACUCGAUCGUUUGAAAGCUUUGGCCGGUCAAAUGGUUAAUGAUCGUGAAUCUCGUCUAUAUAGCAGCAAGGAUUACUUCGUCAAAGAUCGUCAGUAUGUUGAUCUAGGUCUGGGCAAAAAUGGUCGGGGUGUCGUCGGAAUGGGUGCUGUGCAACGGUAUAUCGUGGUAGCCUUGAAGCCAGGGAACAUCUUUUCGGAAGCUAUUGACGGCCAAACGAGUUCAGAUGAAAUGUUACUCUUUGUUACCAGUGACGGCUUGAAUUGGGCUCGAGCCAACUUUCCACACGGUCACGGUCUCAAGGAAAACGCGUAUACGAUCGUCGAAUCAACACCCCAUUCAAUCAUGGUAGACGUCCUAACAAACCCAGCUGCUGGCGCAGGGACCAUGUUCACUUCGGAUUCCAAUGGGACUCAUUUCAUCAAAAGUCUAGAGUAUACCUCUCGCUCCACAUCCGGUAUCGUAGACUUCGAGAAAAUCGUUUCCAUCGAAGGCAUCUCCAUCGCAAACACAGUCCUAAACGUCGACGAAGUUGAAGGUUCCAAGGAGCACAAGAAAGUCCAAACCAAAAUCACAUUCGAUGAUGGAGGUCAUUGGUCCCUAGUCAGGGCUCCCUCCGUGGAUGCCCAUGGGGAAAAAUUUCACUGCGAUGUCUCAGAUAUUCAAUCAUGCGCGCUGCAUCUUCAUUCGGUCACUCAACCUCACAAUUUCGGACGAGUAUUUUCGACCCCAUCCCCAGGUAUCUUGAUGGGAAUAGGGAAUGUCGGAGAACACUUGCUAUCGUACGUAGAAUGUGACACAUUCUUGAGUAUUGACGGUGGCUUGAAUUGGAAAAUGGUCAAAGAGGGUGCAAGGAAGUACGAGAUCGGAGAUCAAGGUGGUUUACUGGUGAUGAUCGAUGACGAAGAAAAUACGGAAGAGAUUGAUUACAGCUUCGAUUUUGGAAAAACUUGGUCGACGUACAACUUCAAGCAAAAGCUUAGAGUCAAGCUGUUAACCUCCGUACCCGAUGCAACUUCUCAAAAGUUUCUUUUGCUAGGCACGAUCCCCAAAAAAUCACUACCUUCGUCAUCAAAAGCCGACAGACAAGCAGUGGUCCAGUUAGAUUUCAGUCAAAUGGAUAGAAAGAAAUGUAAAGAUUCGGAUUUUGAAAAUUGGUAUGCUAGAAAGUUAGAUGGUCAUCCUGACUGUCUAAUGGGUCACAAGCAAUUUUUCAAACGAAGAAAACCAGAUGCCGAUUGCUAUGUUGGAGAGAAAUUCCAGGAACCGGAGAGUCAUGAAGAAAAUUGCCCAUGUACCGACGAAGAUUUUGAAUGUGAUUACAACUAUGCACCCGAUAAUGGCUUAUGUAUCCUAUCAGCACCAGAGACGAUUCCAGCGGGUCAAUGUGCCAAUCCCAACGACAAGUUCCUUGGGUCAUCUGGAUAUCGUCUAAUACCCGGAAACACCUGUAACCGUGCGACUGGAUUGAAGAAAGACGAACCCAAGCUCAAGGACUGUACAGAAGGGAAAGCCGCGCCUGGUCAAGUAACCCAUCAACGAUUCCAAUUCCCCGGAUUAGUAUUAGAGCAAGUUUAUUUUGAAGAUAGUCAUACCGUGCUAGUCUUUACAUCCGAGAAUCAGGUCUGGCAGUCGAAAAAUCAAGGGUACAGCUGGGAUGAACCAGUGAAAAAUGUCAAGUUUAUCUCGCUGCAAAUCCAUCCUUAUUCCCGUGAUCGGGCAUAUCUUAUUGCGCCGGAUCGGACGAUUUAUUACACCACCGAUAAGGGUUCUAGUUGGAAUAAUCUCCGGACUCCCUUGGAAGCGAAUCUUUUGGGAAUACCUCUAUUGGAUUUCCAUCCCACGCGUCCAGAUUGGCUGAUUUGGACUGGAAGUGAGGGAUGUAUUGAGAGUCAGGGUGAACAUUGCAAGGCGGUAGCAUAUUAUUCCAAGGAUAACGGUCGGUAUUGGAAUAAAAUCGAUGACUAUGUUCGAGUUUGCAGUUGGGGACGGGACAAGAAAUUCAAGGCUGACGAGCGGCUCAUAUUCUGCCAAGCAUAUCAACACAAGCGAGGUUCACAAAAAGCAAUGGACGAUAAUCCGCUUCAACUCAUCGAAGGUCGCAAAUUCUAUGAUGAAAAGAAGAGGUUGUUCGAUUCAAUCGUUGGAUUUGCUACGUUCGAAGAAUUCAUGGUUGUCGCCCAAAUCGCUCCGAAUGGAGAACACUUGAACCUGUAUGCAUCGAUGGAUGGAUCCCAUUUUGCACUGGCCCAAUUCCCUCCGAAUCUCAAGAUUGAAAACAAAGCAUACACAGUCUUGGAGUCGACAACGGAUGCUGUCUUUUUGCACGUGACUACGAAUGGACAAGCCGGCUCGGAAUUCGGAUCUCUAUUCAAAUCGAAUUCGAACGGUACAUACUAUUCCUUGUCCCUAGAUCACGUGAAUCGGAAUAGUAAGGGAUACGUCGACUUUGAGAAGAUGAUGGGCCUCGAUGGAAUAGCUGUCAUGAACAUUGUUAGUAAUCCAGAUGAAGCAGUUGUCACUCGACAAAAGAAGCUCGUCACCCGAAUCACCCAUAAUGAUGGUGGUCGGUGGAAGCCGAUCGCCCCACCCGCCAAGGACUCUCUUGGGCAGCCAUUCACUUGUUCCUCGACAGCUUGCGCACUUCAUAUCCAUGGCUACACCGAACGAGUCGAUCCGCGAGCCACGUAUAGCUCCCCGUCUGCCGUUGGUUUGAUGAUGGCCGUUGGGAAUGUCGGUCAUAGUCUUGCGCCUUACAAGGAGUCCGACACGUUCUUGACACGAGAUGGUGGCUUUACAUGGGAAGAGGUUGCUAAAGAUGCACACAUGUGGGAGUACGGAGAUCAAGGUUCAAUUCUGGUCUUAGUAAACGAUGAAGGUCCAACUGAUCGAGUCAAAUAUACCCUUGAUGAAGGUCUCACCUGGAGUGAAUAUGUUUUCGGCGACACACCGAUCAGAGUGACAUCGAUCCUGACUGUGCCUGACGAUACUAGUCGGAAGUUCAUCUUGUUCGGUUUCACGAAGCGCUCUGGAGAGACUACAGUAGUCAUUCACUUGGAUUUCUCAAAGAUCACAAAUGUGAAAUGUGUUUUGGAUACGACUGAUCCGAACCAUGACGAUUUUGAAUUGUGGUCACCAUCAGAAACUCGAACUGAACCAUGUUUAUUUGGGCGCCAAACUUUGUACUACCGGAGAGUCCGGUCACCCUCACGCCUUUGUUACGUCGGCGAGAAAUUACCACAACCACACAAGAUCCAAAGAAAUUGUUUGUGUUCCGAGGAAGAUUUCGAGUGUGAAUUCAACUACAGGCGAGACCCGAACACUCACAAAUGUGUUUUGGUGCCCGGUGCUUUACCAUUGGUGUCUGAACCGAAUUGCGCCUGGAAUGAAUCGUUUUGGCAUGAGCGAACGGAGUUCAGGAAGAUACCUUAUUCAAGUUGUGAAGGAGGGAUCCAGCUCGACAAGGGCCGUCAACACAUUUGCCCUAAUGCUUCUAGACACGGAGUGUUUUGGUGGGGAACCGUAGUCGUGGCUCCGGCGAUCCUCUUUGGGCUGGGCGGUUUUUGGUGGAUGAGACGAAGAGCAAGCGGAGACGGCGGGGGAUGGCGACGAGGAGUGAUUCAUUUACCAGAUGGAGGUCGCAGACCAGGUGGUGGAACCGGCGUUAGUGAAAUCCUUGACACGAUAGCUAGCAUACCAUGGUUCCUAGUCGGCGUCGGAAGCGCAUUGUGGGGCUACUUGAUUACAAGUCCGUUGGUCACUAAGUGGGUUGGUGGAGGCCGACAGGGAUACCGACAAGUUAGCCUGGAUGAUGAUGCUGAACUGCUGCAGGAUUAUGAAGAUUGAUUGGAGAAAGCCAUAUAUCCCGGGUUAAAACCUUUCAAAAGAGCAAAGAAAUCCAGCAUUUCACAUAUAUAAUUAUAUAUGUAAAUUUAGGCAGAAGGUUGCAUGUGUGUUAUUCAAUGUAUAUAAAAACUCAUUGUUCUUUCCUAAAAUUUGCACGAGGGAACCAAAAAAGAAAUUGCAAAAUAAGAAAUGAUCUUACCUCAAAAAAAAAACAAGAUUGAAAGUGCCUGGUAUAAAGUUUUACUUGCUUGCUCUCUGUUUCUUCAAGAAAACCAGAUAUAUCUUUCUAUACAAC